AUGGUCGCAAUAGAUAUCACUGCGGACUUUCGGGCAAGCGUUGGAAGUGCGCUCAAGCUCGUACCUGAUACUAAACGGCGACACAAGCCUCGUGUGCGCAAUUUUUUUGAAGUCAAAGCAGAGAAGAACUAUGCUCAGGCAUACCUAAAAGAAGCUUAUGCUAUUUUGGAGCACAUCAACACGCUUGACCAGAUGCUCGCUUCGAUCCGCCAUGCAUACCUCUCCGUUGACUCGUCACAUUCGCAUACUCGACGUGGAGGGUUCGAUGCGAGUCAGAAAGAGGGGUGGGGGGAAGUGAAGCGGUUGACGAACCAGGAGAGGGACGAGAUCGAGCUACAAGCGAAGGUGAUACUGAAGAGGUGUGCAGAGAGGGUGAAGCAUCUUGAGGAAUUGGAGGAGAAGCGCGCAUCGACACAACCUAGCAAACACCCGCUCGCACGUCUGCUCCCUCCCCGCUUGCUUGUAACACCCAGCACAUCAGGACACGAUGUCCUCGCAGCGCACUAUGCGGGGAUCACGUGGUACCUGAACCGGAAGCUAGCCUCGAGCUCCGGGAAGCAGAGGGAGAUGCAGGAGGAGAGGGUGAGGCGGCAGCUGGAGAGAGCGCGGAGUUUGGGGAGCGAAGUGGCUGCUGUUGGCCCUGUGCAAGGGGAUGUCAAGGGGGAGCAGGUGAGGCGGUUCGACCCCACGCUGGCGGGACGGGGACCAUCCUACGCCAAUGGUGAGGAGGACACGCCCUUGACAGCAGCUCAAGCCCUGCUCUUCGAGCAGGAAAACGCCGCCAUACUCCGUUCGGCAGAGAGCGUGCUCGCCCAGGUCCAGCGGGCAGAGGCGAGCCUGUCCGAGAUCGGGGCGCUGCAGAGCGAGCUCGUGCAUCAUCUGACUAUGCAGACGGAGAUGACGGACAGGCUGUUCGAGGAGGCCGUGGCGACGCAGGCUGAGGUUGAGAGGGGGAACCAGCAGCUGAAGAGGGCCAAAGAAAGGGGAGGGGACGCGAGGAGAUGGUUGCUUGUAUUUCUUAUUGGUGCGACUCUGGCGCUGUUGUUCUUGCACUAUUAUUCAUCUUAG